CUUUGAAAUUUUACUUUACGAAUAAUUUUGUCAUUUUUUCAACCUUCCCUUUUGUAAAUACUCAAAAUUCAAGUUCUGUUCAAAUUUAAUAGAUAUCCAUAAUGUCCACAUUUUCCACAACAUACGAUGCUGAAAACAACCUUUGGUACGGACCAAAAGUCAGCCCGAUUUACAAUCCAGAUCAAAAUAUUGGUGCUCUCAUCCUGAAUAUCCUUCAUCAACGUGGAUCAAGCAUUGCUCAAAUAUCAGCAGACUCUGGAAUCGCAUUGACAUGUCAGCAACUUCAUAACAGGACCAUCGUCAUGGCUGAAUAUUUGAAGAAAUGCAAUCUUCAAGAAAAUGAUUAUGUUGGGCUAGUCGUGAAUAAUUCUGAAAAUGUUAUGGCUGUUGCCUUUGCCUGUUAUGCUUUAGGAAUUCCAGUCUGUCCAUUGUCUCCGAUUAUGACUUCUCUUGAUAUUUGCAACAUUUAUGAAGUCGUCAAGCCAAAACUGAUUUUUUGUGACGAGUGCAAUCUGAAAGUUGUUCAGGAAGCUGUAAAUGCGAUUAAGAGCAAUGCACGAAUCAUCACAGUCAUGGAGAAAGUUAAGGGCUAUGAAUGUGCAACGGAUAUCAUUAUGGAAGGGGAUUAUGAGGCUGUGGACAAUUUUGUUCCACCAUAUGUCAGCUCAGAUAAAAUCCUUGGCAUCAUCUGCUCAUCAGGAUCAACAGGAACGCCAAAAAGAAUCAUCAAAACCCACCGCGACAUGAUCAAUCAAUUCUUUUCUGGUUGGAAGUUACCACGCUACAGACCAGCUGUAUUUUUCACAUAUUCACCACUCUUUUGGAUUUCUGGAUUCAACGGGACAAUCUUUGCUGUCCUCAACUAUGCAACAAAUGUCAUAACGACUGAACUCUUAGUUCCAGCAGCUGAAUUUGUCGACAUAAUCCAGAGAUAUCGAGUCACGUACUUGACAACUCUUCCAUUCACAAUGUCCAAUAUAAUUGAGCUUAAGAAUUUAAAGCCAUUUGAGACUGUUGAAUGCUGGAUGAUAAGCGGUUUUGCAGCAACAAAAGCUCUUUGUGAGAAGUUUGCUCCUUUAUUGCCGAAUGGUGAAAUUUGGAUUACGUAUGGACUGUCAGAGACGAGUAUCGUGUCAUGCAAUAAUACCUGUGAUUACUCUCAUAUUGGAUUUUUAAAUCAAAAUUGUGUUGUCAAGUUGAUUGAUGUUAAUGGAAACAAUGUCGGUCCGAAUGAGCAAGGGGAAAUUUUAAUUAAGGCAGAGCCAAAAUUCUCUGGCUAUCAUUUGGAUCCAAAAAAGACAGAAGAAGCUGUUCCAGAUGGCUGGUUCCAUACAGGAGAUAUUGCAUUUUUUGAUGACAAAUGUCGAUUGCAUUAUGUAGACCGAAAAGUAGAAAUUAUGAAUUAUGAAGGAUACUACAUAAUCCCACAUGAAAUGGAGUCACUCAUUAAUGAAGUCGAUGGGGUGGUUAGCAGUUCUGUUGUGGGAUAUUUGGAGAAAAAUUCAAUCAAUUACAUUGUUCAUGCAUUCGUUGUGCCUGAUGAGACGAAGGACAUCAGAGAGAAUCAGAUUACGGACCACGUUCAUGCUAAAGUCAUUGAGCAACGUCAACUUCGUGGUGGCGUUCACUUUGUGAAAUCAUUUCCGCUUGGUAGAACUGGAAAAGUAGAUAAGAUAAAAUUGCGAGAAAUGGCAAUGAAGCUUUCAGCAUGAAACAAAAUCUGUUGAAUAAAAUAAAAAUAAGGAAAAUUCUUUUAAAGUCAAACUUCCUUUCAGAUUUAUAAAGCUGAAAAUAAAUAAUUUAAAUUGGAAUCAAAGAAUUUUCGCACGCCGAGUAAUCCUAUUUGCUGGAAUUAGAGAGAGUCAGAAUAAGUAGGAAUGGCA